AUGCUAAUGGAUUUCCUUCUAAUUGGACUGUACCUAAAGUGGCCGCUGAAGAAGCCCCCUGGGUUGAUACUGUGUUCACUGGGCAUUUUUCUGAGAAUGGUUCCCUUGGUGGAGGGGGUCUGUCCAAGGCUGUGCCGCUGCGACAGCAAGCUGCUGUACUGCGAGGGGCUCAACCUCACAGACAUUCCCCGCAAUCUGAGCAGUGCCAUGGGCCUGUCCAUGAGAGAGAACAACCUGACCGAGCUGCGUGAAGGCCAACUGAAUGGUUUGUCACAGCUCACCUGGCUCUACUUAGAUCACAACAACAUUGACAUUGUGGAGGAGGCUGCAUUUGACAGGCUUAGACGUGUGAAGGAGUUAGACCUGAGCAGCAACCGGAUUGAGAGUCUGCCAAAUGGCACCUUUAGGCCCCUCCCAAACCUACGUAUUCUGGACCUCUCAUACAACAGGCUGCAGGCUCUAGAGCCCGACCUGUUCCACGGCCUUAGAAAGCUCAGCAAUUUGCAUUUACGCUACAAUGCUCUGAAAUUUGUGCCAGUGCGGAUUUUUCAAGACUGCCGGAGCAUGCAGUUUCUGGACUUGGGAUACAACCAACUACAGAGUCUGGCUCGAAACUCCUUCGCUGGCCUCUUCAAGUUAACAGAGUUGCAUCUUGAGCACAAUGACCUGGUUAAAGUCAACCUAGCCCACUUCCCUCGCCUCAUCUCCUUACGUACUCUAUACAUGCACAACAAUCAUGCUACAAUUGUUGUCAAUACCCUGGACUGGACAUGGCAUUUUUUAGAGAAGAUUGACCUGUCUGCUAAUGAAAUCGAGUACAUUGAGCCACAUGUGUUUGAGAGUGCACCCAACCUCAAGGUUCUAAUGCUGGACUCCAAUCGUUUGACCUCUGUGGACCAGCGGAUCCUGGAUUCAUGGUCAUCUCUGGACAGCAUUACCCUGGCAGGGAAUGACUGGGAGUGCACUCGCAACAUGUGUGCCUUGGCCUCCUGGCUGAGUGCCUUCCGAGGCCAGCGUGACAAUUCCCUGCUGUGUUCAAGCCCCGACACUGCACAGGGCGAGGAUGUGUUGGAUGCUGUCUAUGCUUUUCAGCUAUGUGAGGUUCCCCCAAUGGAAGUAACUACAGCAGGCCUGUACACCUCUACAAGGGAUCUGGUCCAGGGUGGCUCUGUGUUCCUAGGCCCAUUUACUCAAAACCCUUAUGAGGGUGAGGGCAGUGAAGUGGUCACCAGUUCUUUCACUGUCACAGUGGGCCAUGAUGACCUGGAGAGCACCAUGCAGAUUCAUAAGGUGGUGACUGGCACCAUGGCCCUCAUCUUCUCCUUUCUCAUCAUAGUGCUCAUGCUGUAUGUAGCAUGGAAAUGCUUUCCUGCCGGAAUAAGACAACUGAGGCAGUGCUUCAGCAGCCAGCGUCGCAAGCAGAAGCAAAAGCAAAGCAUGCAGCAGAUGGCUGCAAUUUCCACUCCGGAGUAUUAUGUUGACUAUAAACCCAACCACAUUGAGGGAGCUCUGGUGAUCAUCAAUGAAUAUGGCUCCUGCACUUGCCAACAGCAACCUUCUCGGGAAUGUGAGGUGUGA